AUGGCUCACGGCUCUGACAGCAAUGAUUCCAGUUACGCCAAGUCCCCUUCACCAGCGGGCAGCAGGCAGGGCUCCUCAGACAACAUAAAGAAAGUGAUGAGAAGGGAGAAGAACCGUAUCGCUGCCCAGAAGAGUAGAAUGAGACAGACUCAGAAGGCAGACAGUCUACACCUGGAGAGUGAGAACCUGGAGAAGGAGAACGCAGCUCUGAGGAAGGAGGUGAAGAGACUAACAGAAGAGGCCAAGUAUCUCUCCUCCGUCCUGACUACCCAUGAGCCUCUCUGCACCGGCCUGGCCCCUCAGACGACCCAUGACCUCCUGUACUCCCCCCAUCACCACGGGAGCAGUGCCUUCCACCACCAGCACAGCAUCGCUGUGUCGCACUACCAGCACUGAUCCCCACAGACCAACAGGGGGUGCUAAAGAGAAGCUAGAGAAGUUUACUGACCUUGGUACACCAUGGAACCCUAUUUCCUACAUAGUGCACUACUUUCUACCAGAGUCCUAUGGGUCAAAAGUCGUGUACUAUAUAGAGCCACUUGAACAGAAUGUCUAGAGGUUCGAGUAAAGACUGGUGUUUGAAACAGCACAGAACAGGCAGCACUUAGGAAUGGUUUCUUGGUGUAAAAUAAACUGAUUUUCUUAUUUUGAAAGAUGACUAAGGCACAUCAAUAUAAAAUGACUUCCAAACCUAUCUCUAUGACGUGAAUGUAGAAUCAAUCAAUGCAUUGACAAUGCAAAUAGUCUACUAUAGGACAGAAAACCAACAUGAUCGAUACCAGAACACCAGUUUGUGGAA